UUCCCAUUUAUCUGAAGCGUCAGGCAGCAACAGGACUGAGCUGACCUAGAAUCCAUGUACGUUAUGAGCUGUUGCGAGUGUGGAUUCAGUUAUUCAGUUUCGUCAGACUGCCGUGCCAGACAAAAUGGCCGACUUUGUUGAAAAUGUGCUCCUUUAUGUGGCUCUCACGUUUCUAUGUGUGAUUAACAUAAACGGAGAUCAAUGUGGUUGUAGCAUAGAGGAACGGGUGACCAGAUUGGAAAACGAAUUUAGCAACCUGCGCAAUGAACAUCGACAACUUCAAACUGUGGUAGAAGAAAACAUUGGCCGUCGAAACCAGAGUAGUGCAAACAUCACAGAGUCGACACAGACAGGAUACUAUGGCGUAGAUAAUGAUCAUCGAAACCAGAGUAGUCCAAACAUCACAGAGUCGACACAGACAGGAUACUAUGGCGUAGAUAAUGAUCAUCGAAACCAGAGUAGUCCAAACAUCACAGAGUCGACACAGACAGGAUACUAUGGCGUAGAUAUGGGCCGACAUAACCGGAGUGGGUCGAACUACGCAGAAUCGGCACCUACGGAAACAGUGACAGGGGAUGACGGAGAUGUGGUCGUGCAGGAAGUGAGAAGGACUCGCGUUCCAGAAGGCGUCAAGUUCACAGUGCGAUAUUACGCCAGUCCGUAUACCGAUCUACGCGUUCGGUGGACGGAUGACAGUGGGGCUAAUAUAGAGCUGGAACCCACACUGGUAUUGACCACAGAAAGGGGUGUGUUUGAGUCUGAGGUCGUGACUGCUCCCCAGAGUAACUCAAGCGUAACUGUUCGACUCCGCACGCCCAAACAGAGGUUAUCCCUACAGCUGAGGAACGUGGAGGAAGACGACGUGUUACAGAGAGACAUCUCUUUUCCUGUGUUGCGAACCAUUCCCCAGGGAGACAUCGUAUACGAACAAGGUCAAAACGUUGAUUUUCAGAUUGUGCGAUCAAGAGGUAACGGAAGCAGCCCUGUUACAUCUUCUAAACGAUACAUCAUUCUGAACCCUAUAGAUCAUACUAAGGCCAUAAUUGUUGUAUCGUACUCGGAUUUCGAAUUCUCCAGUGUUGAAGCUGAAACCACGUCACAGGGCCUUGAGUAUCUGACCAGACGACUAAGAAUGACCAGCCGUCCCACUAGCGGUGUCGUUUUAUAUACCCUCAACAUGCCCAAGUCCGAUGUCCUUAUUGAACGCGCUCAGAUACGUCGCACUGUUGUCAUCCGGCCCUCUACACAAUCAGAGGCGUUUCCACGGGGAUUUCUGGACAUCCCGAAUUCUCGGUAUAAUGAGAUCCUUGGGAACAGAUCUGAAGUGGCGACCUGCAGCAAUAUGAUUACUCCUGGCUGUUUCAUAGCCUGCUAUGGUGCUGGUGAGGACAUAGUCAGGAUGACACUGUGGAAAGUCCGUGCAAAUGGAUACAAAGAGAGAGUGGAGGAACAACAAGUCGGUGAAGAUGACCACUACGGUUAUGUAGUCAAGAAAGUCCAGCCAGACUCAGGACCUGUGUCCCAGUCCCACUACCAGUGUGAAGCUGUAAAUACAGAAGGAGAGAUAGUCACUAGAGACUAUUUUGUCAACUUUAUCAUUGGAGCUGAGAUUAUCCAGGAAGAAUCGAGGGUCACCAGGAUUAAUGAAACGCUGGUUGAGGUGCAGUGUGUCGCGGCAGGGAACCCACCCCCAGAAGUCCUCUUUUUCCUCACGUACGGAGAGUUCAAGCAGAGAGAUAUUGAGCCGUCGUCUGUAUCCACGAACGCCCAGAAUCAUGUGGUGGCCACACUCUACGCACCAACCUCAACCACAGGAGACUAUUACAGACCAGGAGGACCCCUCAACAAAGCCGCUUGCAACGCCCGAGGUCCAAUAGGAGGGGAGUAUUCUUUCGACUAUUACGAGUGGCCGGUGGUGCUGGAGUAAUACUUUGACAGCCGACAUAUAGUAACCACAGAGGGCGCAAUUCAGGCCUGAAACUGAUAAACAGCUAGCCACUUGGUAGCCAAAACGUUAUAACUAAUGAUAAUACAGCAAUAACCUGUCUUUUCUCUAAAUUUCAUCGUCAAGUGCCAGAUCUGCGACAGAUAUAGACGAUCAUGGUUCUCCAUUCAUUCCUUUGCUCAGAUGCUUUAAUGUUUUAAAAAUACAUUAUUAAGAUCAUCCAAUGAAGUUGCUCUGGGUCUAUCCCUGCUUCCUUUGCCUUCAGUUUUGCGAGUGAGACCAAGAUGUUCGAGGCUUUUAUGUCUAUUUUGAUGUCCCAGAAACGGAAUCUUUCUUUUACAAAUCAACUCGUUAACUAUGAAAUUAAAGUUUACAUAGAACACUCAAAUGACUUAUUAUAAAAACCACGCUCAGUAGUCUGUUAACAUUUAUGUUACCCAAGGACAUUCCUUUGUAGUUAUUGGAAAAUUGUUCUGGCUAUUCUCUUAGUAGUAUACGUUACAAAGUAAGGCCAAAUACCAGCAUUUCAUACUGACAUAAUGUUCUGACAGACAUGCAAACGGUUACACUAAUGUGAGUCUGACAUUUAAAAAAAAAUAAUGAUUAGAAUGUGCAUAACAUGCCCAUUAGUGCACAGCUGAGAAAGUAACAGUUACGUUACAUUUACGACUGAAAUCAUCUAAUGAUUGUUUAGUUCAGUCAAGUUUUAAUAUGCCUUUUUACGGUACUUGCAUUACAAGUAGAUCAUACCAAUGCCAGUGAUUAGAAGUGUUAUUAGUGAGUAAUAUACAGAGAAAAGAAAAAGGGGAUAUAAUAUUAGGACGAGAGAUGUCUGAUUGGGAAGAAGAAGUUAACCACACCAGAGCACCCACAUACUGCCCAUUCUAAUAAUUGUACACUGUAGCAGCUUUCUUUGUUAAUUCGAGUAACAUAGUUAAUAUAAGAAACUUUUGGAACUCCUGUUAUUCUAUUGUAUUGGCAAAAGUAUUUAUAUUACAGGUGUAUCAUCUACAUUAUUUUUUAUCUAUUUGUAUGCAGCAGUUAUACUGUAUUUCUUCAGACUAUGAAAGUCGAAUCACUGUAAUCUGUAGCAGCUUGUUUAUGAUAUUACCCAUGUAGGGAAAUUAAUUAUUGGAACACUCUUGUUUUUAUGUUACAAAUCCAUUAAAGAAAUAUUUUUGUCGUGCCUCUUUUUAAGUUUUAAAAUAAAGUCUUAUCACUGCUCUCUA